AUGUCUGUCAAGGAACUGACUGUGUACUUGAUUAACUGUGUAGCACUUUCCAGCUAUCAACCUAACAUUCAGAAGAAGGUUGACACCUUGAUCAAGCAACUUAAAGAGCGGGAUUCCAAAACCAUCAAUGUCACACAAUGGACACAAUAUUACACUUUCGAUGUCAUGGGAGAGAUCGCAUUCAAAAAGGACUUUGGCCAGCUUGAGGACGGUGCUGAACAUUACGCAAUUACUGCCAUGCAUGCGCAGCUAGAGCAAAUUGGUCUUCUCGGUGCAGUUCCAUGGGUUCUGCAUUUGCUCGUCCGCAUCCCUGGACUUGGCGGCCCCUACGCGAUCUUCAAUAAAUACUGCAUUGAGCAAGUAGAGAAUCGAAAGAAGCAAUGGCGCAAUGAUGCUGAAAAAAAGCCAACUGAUGUCGUCUCCUGGCUGUUGAAAGCAAAGGAUGACGGCGAUGCUUGCGUACCCGCUUCGGACUUAUCUCUAUAUGAUGAGGGUAGACUUGUGGUUGUCGCUGGGAGUGAUACCACCGCUACAACCCUCGCCCACGUUCUGUACUAUCUUGCGACUCAUCCGGAGGUGCAUAAGAGAUUGCAAACGGUGGUUGAUGAGGCACAGGGUGUCCACGAUAUUGCACAUCCCUUGCCGUACCUUGAGGCAGUAAUCAACGAAACUCUUCGUUUGAAACCUGUCGUGCCUAGCGGUCAGAUGAGGGUCACACCUCCCGAGGGUCUUUAUAUUGAUGAAACUUGGAUUCCGGGAAAUACGAUUGUUGUUGUUCCACAAUAUUUGCUGCAACGAGAUGCACGCAACUUUUCUCGUCCCUUGGAGUUUCUCCCAGAGCGAUGGCUUGAGAAAGACCAAGGCUUAGUAUUUGAGGAUCGAGCGUUUUUCCCCUUCACUAUCGGUCAUUAUGCCUGUGCGGGCAAGCAACUGGCAUAUCUCCAAAUGCGUAUGGCCAUCUGGUCAAUCGCAAGGGAGUUUAAUAUCGCACUGGCGCCUGGGGAGGAUGGAAAGAGAUUCGAUGAGGACUCCAAGGAUACUUUCACCAUGGCAGUGCCACCUCUCCAUCUGGUUUUCAGCAAGCGAAAGGGUCCAGUCUCCGGGCAGUGA